GUCCUCUGCCUAAUUCAGAUUUCGGGGUAAUGACACAUUCAUUAUUGCUUGCUUUAAAGGCUAAUAACCCCAGAGAAAGAGGGAGAAGGGCACGAGCUGCAGGGUCUGCCUGCAAGCAGUGACUCUCAGAGGCACAAAGCUCAGUGGGCGCCGAGUGACUCUCCUUUUCUUUUCUUUUAGUGAGACGAGACCCCAAAAACCAAAAAGUCAAAAACUAAUAAAAAGGCGCUUAAUUUUUUCACAGAGCGGUGAGUGUGAAUAGAAUCCAAUAGAAAGAGAUCUGAGAGAGAAAGAAGGUGUGGGAAGGGGCGGUUGGAUUUUGGUGGGUGAUAUGUGAUUCGUCAAAACCCAUCUGUUUGUUUUUGGGUUUAUCAUAUAUUUUAUCUUCAUAUUCAAGGAAGGCACUUGCUGCAAUAUGUUGCUGCUAAGCAACCCCAUUGGUGGAAGCUGGCUGCUUCGCUUUGGUUUUUAUCACAAACAAAAACUCAUCCAUCCAUCUAAGCUUUUUUGAUGUUAUCCACAGACACACCGCAGAAAAAAAGGCCAGUCUCUCUCUCUCUCUCCUUCUCUCAUACGCUCUCUUAUUAUUGCAAUUUGCUUAUUAUUUAUUUUAUUCAACACAGUUAUGGUUAUCCCAUUUUUCCCAUUUGCAUUGUCCAUUGUAAAGGUUCAAGUUUUCUGCUUGGUUUGCAUUGUGUGAUUUAUUAGGCGUGUUAAAACCUUCCCAGUUUAUUGGAAUAAGAAAUGCCAUUGCUUGACUAGGGGGUAAUUUUCAGUUGUGCUAUAUAAAACAUCAAUGUUAAACUUCUAAAGACUAGAACUUUGGUAAUCAUUUGAUGAAAUGUUGGUCCAAAUUAGGUUAGUUUGUAUGAAUAGCUAGCUUCUGUUGCGUUUCUAGAGGGCUAGUCUGUGAAAGUUGAGGUCUUGUUAUUCAACUCAACUCAUUUGGAGGUUUUACUUGUUCCAAUACUGAGUUAAGGAGUUGCCCUUUCUUUUGGAAAAUGGUAACCAAAUGGCUACUUUCUCAACUCAAUGACGUGAGUGCUUGCGUAGCUUGUCAUAUUUUUUUCACUCUCAUCCCCAUUCUGCUAUAUGUUUGUUAGAUGUUUUAGACUGUUGGACGGCAAGACAAGUCAGCAUCUUGUCUAAUACGUUUUAUCCACUUGGUUUUCAUGUUUUUCUGAGAACUGAACUCUCCAAUUGUAUGAGGAGGUCAGAGAUUGCAUACGUUAGAACUAAGAAAUCACAUUGGGAGCUAUUUCAAAUCCUAAAAUUUCUCUCCAAGGCAAAUGCAAAUGAGUUAGGCUUCGACUUCUGAAAAAUCUAGUUAUAUAUAAGAAUAGAUUUUGAGUUUAAUGGAAACCCAAGAGGGCUCAUAGCAUUGGAUUUUCUUGCUUAAGUAUUACAUAGACUUCAUAUGAUGAUGUUAUAGUUAAUAUUCACCAUUUCUUUUUGUGAACUUGGAAGUUAUUUCUAGUGUUUUCUUUCAUACUUAAAGACAAAAUAAGAAAGCAAAUAAAAGUGAAAGAGAUAAUUUUGUUGCGAUUAACUUUUUUCUACCCGUACAUAGAAAUGUCUUUACUUAUCUUUUCACAUAUAUGUUUGAUCCACUUGGAUUUCAGUUUUUUCUGAGAACUGAAAUAUCCAUAUAAAUGAGGGGGUUAGUGACAGCUUGCCUAGGCAAUAAUUUGUUUUUGUGAGAUUAUGAAUACUUGUAGUUUGAUGUUCUACUUGAUGCAAUCACUAAAGAGACAAUGGUCUGGAUUGCAGCUGUUAGUUUUCACUUUUCACACUUGGAUAUAACGUUCUGUACCAAUCCCCUGUUUACAUUGUUACAUACUUGCAUAGCAUUCUGCAUAAAAGUCUAUGCAGACAUUUCUGACAGAGUCAAAUAAGACGUGGAACUAUUUGAACAGAUAUAGAUGAUCUCCCUCCUCUUUGGGGAUAUUUGAUUUAACAGUUAGAAAUUCUAGUGCUUAAAAAAUUGCUUCCAAUCUACCCAAAAAAAAAAAAAAAAAAAUUUGCUCACUUUUAUUAAUCCUGAGAUGUAUAGCAUGAUUAGCAGAAGAAAGUUAUGUUCUCUAGACUUGAGUAGUUGAUUUUAACUGUAAGUGAGGCCUUUAAACUCUGCUGUUGAGGCACAGAAGCCAUGCAGUAACAUGGUGGUGUGGAAAUUCUAGUCACCAUUACAGUAAAGAAUUUGGCAGUAAAAAGUUGAUUUAGAAAAGGCAGUAACAAAGAAGAGCUAAUAAUUUGAGGAAAGGUUUAGGGAGGAAGGUAUGGAGCAUUUCUGUCCUGUAAUAUGGUGUGGAAAUGCCCUUGCAAAUAGGUCCAAGUUCUGUGUCUCAUGAACAGACUCAAAUCAUGUUGAACAACUUGUAUAAAACAGAAAAUUUGGAUGGUUUCCUUUUUCUCACUAUAAAAGAAAUUAUAAUAGAAGUUACAACAGUAAUGGAGAUUCUUCUGUCAGUCUAUUGUAGGCUUUUGCUGACGUUUCCAGAGCCUGGUCCCCAUUUUACUCAUAGACAACACACUAGACUACCCGUCAAUUCUUUUAGGCCUAAAACGUCCUCUCUGUCUUGAGCAACCUGUAAACCAGAUACUUACAGUCCCAAAGAUCAUCCAGUAAUACCUAGGAUCAUAGGAUACACAAACUUAUAUUAAGGAAAAUAACUGCUAUCGCUGAAAUUUGUGUUUUUCUUUCCAUUUUCUCAGUUUGCUUGGUAUUUGCUCUACAAAUGGAGAGGGCAGUUCUUAUUUUUUUGUUGUACAUAUUUAUUGGAACACGUUGUUGGGGAGGUUUCUAUGGGCUGUGGCUUGAAUAUUUGGUGAAUUUAAGUCCUGAUAUUGCAUGCAUGCCAAGUCUACUCCAUCUGUUAUCAUUUUUAUGAUCACUCAUAAAAAUCUUUUUGAGGAAAAUAAAUAUUUUCAUUGAGUAGUCAAUGUAGAAUAAUGUCCUAAUUGUACACGGCAAAGCUUCUGCACAAGAUAUGGUUGAAAGUUAUAUGGCAACAGUUCACACUAGAAUUUGUUCUGUUAGGCUUCAGUUGACUGUAGUUUAGUACUGGACUACUGGUUUAGUGAGAGUGUACAUGCUUAAGAGUCUUAACAGCAUUGCUAUAGUUUCUGAGUUUCCUUUUACAGAAUGAUUUUUCUGCAUAUGGUGAUGCCAUUCUUUUUUGAUAAGUAUAUGGUGAAUUGGUAAUACUUGAUGUGCAUAGUUCGUCAUUUUCUUUGUUGAGAUGAUGAUUUGAACCUGAGAUCUCUACUUUCAUAAGUCAAUCAUUUAAGUCGAGAUUCAUAAGUUACUUCGUCCACAAUAAUAUUUCAUAGUCAUUUAUGAACACUUUAUUAACAUUAGACCUUGGACUGUCAGAAGUCUCCUGCAAAAACUCUAUUAAUCAAAAUGUGGCCAACAUACAUCUCUCUAGUGUUUAUUAAGGCCAAACUUCCUAACUGCCCAUUUAAAGCAGGUAAUAAAACAGUAACAAAUGAGGUUUGCCAAAUCAGGGAAAAAUCCAAAGAAAUUUAAAAACCCUAGACUGUCCCCAGCUAUUUAUAACAUCCAUGAGGGCCUCCGGACUUCUUCAGAUCAACCUGUGCUUAUCUGCUGCAUAGUGUACUUUGUUCUUCAGAAUAUAGGAAAAAACCCAUGAUUCUCCUCCCAACCUACCCACCCUUUCUUCCUUCCAUUCACAGCUAAACUGAGAGAGAUAUGAGGCAGAGUCGUUCCUCAAAGCAAGAGACUGAUCAGUUAAUGGAAAUAGAUGACCUUAGUAAGCUCAAAGAGGAACCUCAUCAUCUAUCUGGUGCUUAUAUCCGUAGCCUAGUGAAACAACUCACCUCUUCAAGAACCAAAGACACCAUGAACCCCAAAGACCUCCUGGACUGUGGCACCAAAUUCAGGGAAGGAUUUAGUGAAACCCAAAAUGCACAGCAAUCCCAACAACCUCAACAGCACAAAAAACAAGUAAGGAGGAGACUCCACACCAGUAGACCUUACCAAGAAAGGCUCUUAAACAUGGCUGAGGCUAGGAGGGAGAUUGUCACUGCUCUAAAGUUUCAUAGAGCGGCUAUGAAACAAGCCAGUGAACAACAGCAACAACAUCAAGAACAAGAACAACAGCCACAAUCGCAACAAUUGCUGCCUCAACCCCACCCAUGCUCUGAGCCAGAAGGAAGGAUUAAAUCUAGGAGAAAUCCUAGAAUUUACCCAUCAAAUUCAACCAAUUAUCUUGAAACCCUGCCUUACUCAUCCAAUUUUUCUCAUCAAUAUCCCUCUGUUCCUAAUCAAUUUUCCUGGAGUUCUACUUCCAGAAUUCCUCCUCCACCUGUUUAUGAAAACUUCGAUUUCACAGCUCUUCCAAGCCAGACCCUCGGCCUGAACCUCAACUUUCAAGAUUUCAACAAUAUAAACACUACCCUUUACCACAACAGCAACAGUCCCCCGUUUUACUCAACCUCAGGCUCAGUCUCAUUCUCAGCCUCGGCCUCAUCUCCAUCAUCAUCUUCUUCCCCUAGUCUUUCUAUUGCCACUGAUCAUGAACUUCCUGGUUCAUCAGCCGCGAUAUCACACAUGGAAAUGGAGGCCCCUGCUGUAGCUGAUGUUGACGACUCUGGCAUCACUACUAGCGGUGGAGAUGGCUUGCAUGCAGCAAUGGAUGAUGAGGAGAUGGCGGAGAUCAGAUCAAUCGGAGAGCAGCAUCAGAUGGAAUGGAAUGACACCAUGAAUUUGGUAACUUCAGCAUGGUGGUUCAAGUUCUUAAAGGCUGAAGAUGAUGAUGGAUGCCACCUUCCAUUUGAUGAAGUCCUGGAGUUUCCAGCCUGGCUGAAUGCAAAUGAGGGCAGUUUUCAACAACAUUUGAAUGAUUACUACUCAGCAGAUUAUUUUCAAGAUCCUGCCUUGCCUUGCAUGGACAUUGGAGAAUUUGAAGGUUUUGAUGGUGAAUGGCUAGCUUGAGAAUGACAAGGAUUGAUGUUUUUUAGUUAAUCAAAUCUUUGGCCUUUUUUUUUUUUUUUUUUUUAAUUCUUUGAAUACUUUUAAUUCUUUCCUUCUAGUUUCCUUUCAUGUUGAGGAUACAAUAAAGGCUUUGCAAUAUAUAUUAAAGUAGGCAAGAGCCAAGACCAUAGAGGAAAUAAUGAAGGAAGAGGAGAGGAGAGUGUCUGCUUUUUGUCUUUUCGCAGCUUGAUAUUAUAAUAUAUUGAAUAUUUGAUGGAGUUAUAUAAAUCUCAAUCUUUUUAAGUUU